AUGCUUCGCUGGUACCAGUCCAAGUUGGCCAAGAAGCCCAUCCUCACCGCGAGCAUCACCAGUGCAAUUCUAUUCGGCAGCGGUGAUGCCCUAGCACAACAAGCGGUUGACCGCCGAGGUCUCGAGAAGCACGACUUUGCCCGAACUGGGCGCAUGGCUCUCUACGGUGGAGCCGUCUUCGGUCCUGUAGCCACCACCUGGUACGGCAUCCUCCAGCGCCAUGUGGUCCUCAAGAGUGCAACCGCCACAACCAUAGCGCGUGUCGCGGCUGAUCAGGCCGUGUUUGCCCCAACUCAACUCACCGUUUUCUUGUCCUCGAUGGCUAUCAUGGAGGGCAGUGACCCCGUGGAGAAAUGGCGCAGUGCCUUUGCUCCCGCCUACCAGGCCAACCUGAUGGUGUGGCCCUUUGUACAAGGUGCCAACUUUGCCCUUGUGCCCCCAGAACUGCGUGUACUGGUGGUCAACGUGGUCAGCUUAGGCUGGAACUGCCUGCUGAGCAUGAUGAACAGCGGUGAGGAAAACUAG